AUGGAUGAGUCGCAAGUAAACCAACUGUUUAGAGAUGCGGCUCAAAAUGGCGACCGCAAUACUCACUCGGGAAGCCACAACGAGCAACACCAGCCUUCAAACCCGAUGUUCGGAGGUGCAGACGCAAAUCAAAAUAUACUUGAUCAAGACCCUACCCUGGACGACUUUUCCAAUGCUCCUUUUGACUAUUCAAGUCUGAGCAGCCUUUACAUACCCAGCUCUGAACUUACGACGGAUUUCGUAUCUGCAAUACCUCCCAUGGAAACCUUCGAGCCAUCAUAUGAUAUUCUCGGUACUGCUGAGGGUAAGGGCCUAGAGAUACCUCAUGGAUGGAGCAACGAAUACAUGGAUGUUGCGCCACUAGCCUCAUCUUUGGCGAACAGAGAGAUUCGAAAGUCUGGCAAGUCUUGGAGUCAGCUCCUUGCCGAACAGCGGAAAGCGUCGCACAGUAGUGGUCUGCCACGACGUCGAAGUCGCUAUCGCUUGAAUCGCAUGGACAGUAACAGCACGACCACGAGCAUACCAAUACCAGAGUCGUCAUCUGCCGAACGAUAUGACCCGUUGCAGAGAUACCAGAACUCACCACCCGAGGAUGACUACGUGUCUAUGGCAGCCGUCGAGCAAGCGCUGCAAAGCAGUGAUUUUGAUAUACUGGAUCCCAGCCACGUUAGUCAGCCUGCAGAGUGUGGAGAGCGCAGCAAGUUCUCCUUCGGUUCGAUCAUCGAAUUCGGCCGCAUCCAGCAUUUCUGCAAGAUCGCGCUCUGCACGAAGGCGACCGCAAAGGACUCGCAAGCCCAAGACACAAUCAGAUAA